AUGGCGCCAUCAGCCACCAGCACGGAAUGGGACCACCAGUUCCAUACUCUGCGUCGCCAGGACCUCUUCAGAAAUCCUCCUACCGAUCAUUCCGCAUAUCCUGCCCUCCAGCUGGCAGUCAACCCUCACAUUGAGUCGUUCAACGCCAUCUUCCGCGGCGAUGGAAAGCCCGGCCUUCUUGCCCAUGGCCUGGCGGAUAUCGGCACAAAAGUUUUCCUCGACGGCAACGACCGCGCUGGCCCAGAAGGCAAAAACCGCCUCCAGAUUCGGAUCAAGGAGGUAACCCUACAAAAGCCGCAGGUGCCGCCGUCCAACAAGCUGGCCUUGAACAGAGAAAUUUUCCCUGCCGAGUGCAGAGAGAGACACGCUACAUAUAGAGGAAAGCUCUCCGCCACUUUCGAGUACAGCAUCAAUGGAGGCGACGUUGUCGAGUUCACUAGAGAGCUUGGCCAGGUUCCCAUUAUGAUCAAGUCAAACAGAUGCCAUCUCGAGAACAACUCACCAGCCUUGUUGGUUUCACGAAAAGAAGAGUCUGAAGAGCUUGGUGGAUACUUCAUUGUCAACGGUAAUGAGAAGAUUAUCCGUCUCCUGCAGGUGAACAAGCGAAACUUCCCCAUGGCCAUCAACCGUCCGAGUUUCACAAAUCGAGGUGCGGGAUACACCACAUACGGUAUCAUUCUUCGAUCAGUACGACCAGACGAGACGUCUCAGACAAAUGUUUUGCACUAUUUGAAGGAUGGAAACGUGACGUUUAGGUUUUCUUGGCGCAAGAACGAAUACCUUAUCCCCGUCAUCAUGAUUCUGAAGGCGCUGGUUGAGACCAACGACAGAGAAAUCUUUGAGGGACUGAUUGGACCCAUGGGCUCUAAGGCGGCUCAGAAUACUUUCCUCACAGACAGAGUGGAGCUCUUGUUGAGAACAUACAAGGCCUAUCGUCUCUACAGCAAAUCCGAAACCCGUGCGUACUUGGGCCAAAAGUUCAGAGUUGUCCUGGGAGUUCCGGAAACCAUGUCAGAUUACGAGGUGGGAACUGAGUUCCUGCGCAAGAUUGUCUGCGUGCACUUGGGCAAUGUCGAUGUCACAGAGAAGCAAGAUCUCGACAAGUUCCACAUGGUGCUGUUCAUGAUUCGGAAGCUCUACGCUUUGGCCGCUGGUGAAUGUGCCGUCGACAAUCCUGACGCCAUCCAGAACCAAGAAAUUCUGCUCGGUGGAUUCCUUUACUCGCAGAUUUUGAAGGAGAGGCUGGAUGAAUUCCUUAGCGUGAGCGUUCGUACCGCUAUCCGAGACUAUCUGAGAAGGCACCCUGCCGUGUCAUUCACCUCCGAAGAGUUCCGAAAGGAAUUCCCUGGUGGUAUUUUCAGAAAAUCGAACGAAAACAUUGCCAAUGGUCUCGAAUACUUCCUUUCCACCGGCAACCUGGUGAGUGCCUCCGGUCUGGAUCUACAGCAAACAGCAGGCUUCACUGUAGUAGCAGAGAAGCUCAACUUUUUGCGUUUCAUCAGCCACUUCAGAAUGGUUCACCGUGGUGCCUUCUUCGCCCAGCUCAAGACGACUGCCGUGCGUAAACUGCUGCCAGAAUCAUGGGGCUUCAUGUGUCCUGUCCACACGCCUGAUGGUUCUCCCUGCGGUUUGCUGAACCACAUGACGCACAAGUGCAAGAUUAUGACUGACUAUGUCGAUGUUUCCAAUAUUCCCGCGCUGGUUGCUGAACUGGGUGCUGUCGAGACAUCAUCCGCAUCCACUGACGAGAGUGUUGUUGUCAUGCUGGACGGCAAGAUCAUUGGAUGGUCUACUCCCAAGGAAUCGCUUCGAAUCGGAGAUUGCUUGAGAUACUGGAAAGUCGAGGGCUCGCACAACGUACCUCUGCAGCUCGAGGUUGGAUAUGUGCCUCCAUCAAACGGCGGUUCAUACCCAGGUCUCUAUCUGACGUCCACCCCGUCCAGAAUGGUUCGACCAGUCAAGUACCUGCCCUUACAGAAGGAGGACUACGUCGGCCCUCACGAGCAGCCUUACAUGUCGAUUGCUGUCGUCCCGCAGGAAAUUGAGUCUGGUGUGUCGACACACGUUGAAUUUGACCCAACCAACAUGCUCUCCAUUCUUGCCAAUAUGACACCGUUCUCCGACUUCAACCAGUCUCCCCGAAACAUGUAUCAGUGUCAGAUGGGUAAACAAACCAUGGGAACUCCCGGUACAGCCAUUCGACACCGAACAGACAAUAAAUCUUACAGGAUACAGACUGGUCAAACCCCCAUUGUCCGUGCACCUCUUCACAACACCUAUGGCUUCGACAAUUUCCCCAACGGCAUGAACGCUGUUGUUGCCGUCAUUUCAUACACUGGUUACGACAUGGACGAUGCUAUGAUCAUCAACAAGUCUGCUCACGAAAGAGGUUUCGGGCAUGGUACAGUGUACAAGACCAAGAAAAUCACGCUCAAGGACGACUCGAGAACCAGGGCCGCCAAGAGCGUUGUCAAAAUGUUUGGCUUCGCCCCUCACAGCUACGUCAGCGCGGCGUACCAAGGCAUGCUUGAUGACGAUGGUCUCCCGCACGUCGGCCGGAUGGUGAAGGAAGAUGAUGUUUUGUGUGCAUGGCACACCGUCACUCCCGAUUACAACGGAAAUCUGGUCAACCUUGACGGAAUCACGCACUACGAGAAAUACAAGGACUCGGAGAUCGGAUUCAUCGAGGAGGUCCGACUGAUUGGUGCCGAAUCAGGUUCUGAGCCCCUGCAGACGAUUUCCAUCAAGAUCCGUAUCCCUCGUUCCCCGGUCAUUGGUGACAAGUUCUCAUCUAGACACGGACAGAAGGGUGUCUUGUCACAGAAAUGGCCUAUGUCGCUGGCUGGAAAAGCCGGUGCUCUGCACGGACUGGCGCAAGAUUCUACCCCAUUCAGGUUUGACGAGGAGAACACGGCAGCAGACUAUUUCGGACACCAGCUUAUGAAGGCCGGAUUCAACUAUCACGGAAACGAGCCAAUGUACUCUGGCAUUACCGGAGAGGAGCUCGGCGCCGACAUCUACAUCGGUGUAGUCUACUACCAGAGACUGCGUCACAUGGUUAACGACAAGUACCAGGUGCGAACUACCGGUCCUGUGGUGCCCACGACAGGCCAGCCCAUCAAGGGCAGAAAGAGAGGUGGUGGUAUCCGUGUGGGAGAAAUGGAGCGUGAUGCCCUGUUGGCACACGGAACAGCAUUCUUGCUGCAAGACAGAUUGCUCAACUGCUCAGAUUAUACCCGAUCAUGGAUUUGCCGUCGCUGCGGAUCAUUCUUGUCUGUGCAGCCCACGGUAUCCCAAUUUGCGCCAGGAAAGAAGAAGGCUCCCAGCAUGGUCCGUUGCCGAAACUGUGCUGUCAGGCUCGAUGACAGCGAGGGCAUCGACCUGACGGAAAUCCAAGGAGAGAUUUGGGAAGAUGGUCAGGGCAACUGCUGGGUUGGCGGCGACCAGACGACGCAGGUUGUGGUACCUGGUGCGCUCAAGUUCUUGGAUGUGGAACUGGCAGCCAUGGGCGUCAAACUGAAGUAUAGGAUAGACCGGACAGACGAGCCUCGCAAGGGACCGAUGAAGCCGUUGAAGCAGAUUUCGGCUGCUGCAUAAUUGCUUGUUUGAGACAAAAGUAAUGUAUUGGAUGGGAUACAAAAUGGGGUUGUAUAUACGUUGAUGGCUGCAUUAGUAAGGUAUUAGAUGCAUAUUUGGGCAAUGUGAUUAAGAAUUACUGUU